AGAAGCUCACCCCAGGCUGCACCACUGGCAAAAUGCAGGCCCUACUAUUCCUGAUGGCUCUUCUCUUGCCUUCUGGAGCUGGAGCUGAGGAGAUUAUUGGUGGUGUGGAGUCUAUUCCACACUCCCGCCCUUACAUGGCCCAUCUGGACAUCAUCACUGAGAGAGGUUUAAAGGACAGCUGUGGUGGGUUUCUCAUAACCCGCCAAUUUGUGCUGACUGCUGCACACUGCAGAGGAAGAGAAAUCACAGUCACCCUUGGAGCCCAUGACGUGAGCAAGCGAGAAUACACACAGCAGAAGAUAAAAGUAGAAAAACAAUUCAUUCAUAAAAAUUACAACUUCCUUCCCAAUCUUCAUGACAUCAUGUUACUGAAGCUUGAAAAACAAGUUGAGUUGACUCCUGCUGUGGAUGUAGUUCCCCUGCCUAGUCCUUCUGACUUUAUUCACCCUGGGACAUUGUGUUGGACUGCUGGAUGGGGGCGAACUGGAGUGAAAGAUCCUACCUCAGAUACACUGAGAGAGGUUGCACUGAGAAUCAUGGAUGAAGAGGCCUGUAAAAUCUAUAGACAUUAUGACAACAACUUCCAGGUCUGCGUGGGCCUUUCCACAAGGUUACAAACAGCAUACACUGGAGACUCUGGUGGGCCGCUACUGUGUGCUGGUGUGGUCCAUGGUAUUGUAUCUUAUGGGCAUCCAGAUGCAACGCCCCCUGCAGUCUUCACCCGAAUCGCCCCCUAUGUGCCCUGGAUUAAUACAGUCUUAAGGGAAAGUAGCUGAAAAGCUUGACCUGCCUGCGACAGACUCUCCAAGCCUGAGGUCUUAUAGUAUCCUUUGGGUUCAACAUAGUUUGUCCCCAACCUGUCCCCAGCUCUCUCUUUGAGGCUCUCAAAGAUACACAAGUCUGUGAUGAUGGAUUGUUCCCUGUAAAGCACCUCAAUAAAGACAUAAUUUCC